UAUCACUUGAUGUAGUAAAGUGUAAUAGGUUCUUGUAAAAAAGCAAUAUUUAUAUAAACGUUUUAUGUCCAUUUUAUUUAAAACAAAUACAAACAAUGAUCGUAUUGAAGUUUAUAUGUCUUGUUUAUUUACCAUUUGUAACAUUCGGGAAUACAUUAGAUUUUACCCAAAGUCGUACAAUUAUCUUAUGUGAAGAUGAGAAAAGAAACAUAUCUUGCGCCUAUGGAAACCUUUCUAUUGAAAAGGUGAUCUUUCCACAACAAGGCUCACGAUGCAAUACUUUACGGUACUGUGACGACAAGGCGACACACAUACAGUCACAAUGUAAUGGACAGAAAUGGUGUGAAGUGUAUACAAACGCCUUCAUACAUGGUCGUUGUACAAAAGUUCCAAGGCAUAUUGUUUUGAAUUAUGCUUGCUCUCAUAGAGAUGUCUGGAAUAGACUUAUACAAAGCAACCAAGGACGUGUGGUAUGUGGUUCUUUAAAAGACGCACAGUGCAAUUUGCAUCAUACUGACGUCAUAAGUUCUUCUAAAGCUAACUAUCAUUACGACUAUCAUGAUUCCUGUGAAAAAAAGAAAGAAAAUAUUCAAGAAUGCUUAACAAAUGGAAUUAUAUCUGCGUGUGAUAAGAAGUAUAAGUGCGACGAGACGAAAAUAAGAAACACAUACUGUUUCUUUAAACCGUUUAGAAUAGAGAUAACCUACAGCUGUGAUCAAGGCCCAACAAGGUCUAACACGAAAUCUGUUUCGAGAGAUUCAAUAAUUAAACCAUCGAUAAAUCGGACUUCUACUAAACACCGAUACGAUGAAGGUACAGGGAAUGUUCUACAUGGUACGUGCUUGAUCUUCAAGUUUCAAGAUACUAAAUAUUAUAUGCAGGUUAAGUUAGACAAUGAUUUGAGAGUUUUGAUAUAUGAUGAAAGGGAAAACAAAAGUGUUGUCCUGUGUCCGAAUAUGUGGACUGACACGCACGCAACUAUUGUUUGCCGACAGUUUAAUUUGUCAAACAUUGGAUUUGCGAUUACAGUGACGAGAAGAGAGAACUAUAAACAACUACACGUUCAUGUCAAUUGUUCUGGUAAUGAAUCAACAUUGCUUCUGUGUCGAUUUGACAGAUUAUCUCAGGGGUUUUGUGAAAACGGUGACGCUGCUAUUCGCUGUACAACAUUAAACACAAACCCUGUUUCAUCAACUGAAGUAAUUGUACCACCAGCUAUUUCUUCAAACAUGACAGGAACAGAAAUUGGUGUUAUUUCGUCAAUAGUAGUCAUUGCCACUACAUUGUUUGUUAUCUUCAUCAUAUACAGGAAAAAUAAAAAGUGGAAACAUAAUUCUGAAUCGAACAUAUCAGAACCAAUGAAUUACCAGAAUUUACACAGAAACGAUGGUUUAAAUGAAACGUCUAAUUUGUAUGUUGAUGCAAAUGCUACAAACGGUCCAUAUUCUCGUCUUGCUGCAAGUGUAGAAACGGACAAUACGUCAUAUUCAAUAAAUGAUCCUCAAAGGGGAAAUAUAUUUGUAGACCAUUUGCAUGGAUUGGAAGGAAAUAUGGAGAACAAUUAUUUUUCUUAUUGAACCAAGUGAAUCAGAAGCAACCAUAGACCAUAGUUAUUCAGACAUAGAUAAUCUUGUUGCAUCUUCGUCAAGUAGAUUGCAACAAAAUUCACUCGACCAAAAUAAUUAUUUUGUUCUAGACCCGAAUGAAACAAGACGUCCAAACAAUGUAGAUAACUAUUCGGAAAUAAAAUAUUCUUCACUAACAACCGUAAAAGAAAAGAAUGAAGCCUCGA